AUGGGAACUGAGAUUCUGAGGGAAAAAAAUGAGAUAGAUAAAUCACAAGAAAUCGCCCGUUUUGAUUCCUUUGGCUCGAUUUGGAAAGUAGAUUGCAAAGAUUUCGAAGAGUUGAGACAAUGCAGCAAUAUCCUCAGCCAACAGAACAUUCUCUUUGAGCAUUUUGACCAUUGGAGUCAACUUUUCAUCCCAAUCUCCAUACAAACAUUCGACUCUUUGCUCCACUUUUUUGGCCCAUUUCUCAGCGAUCCCUUUGACGAGAAGAUCAGAGAGAGAUCUGGAUGGAAGUGGUCCUUUCCAGCAUCCACCACAUCGAUUGACAGUCGUGUUCUUGGAUUUCUGUUUCUUGCAUGGAAGUGUGAUCAUAUAGAGACAAUCAGCUGGAUAGUAGCAUCCACAAACGUCACAAGUCAGAUUUUGGAGAUGGGCAAUUCCGAGAUCUUGAAGUUCACGCUCCAUGACAUCGCGAAGAGAUUUGAUGUCGAAUGGACGAUUCUCUUGAUUGGAAGAGUUCUGACAGAUGGCUAA